AUGAUGCAAGCCCUCUUUGGGCGUUUGCUGCCUGCUGCUGCAGCUGUGGCUGCAGGCGAGACGCUCUUCCAAACUGUGCCCACGGUGGACCUUACCGCGCCGGUGGCAGAGCGCGGGGCAACGUUACGUUCUGCUCUUCAGCGCUGGGGCUUCUUCUACGUGAAGAACCAUGGCGUGGCGACAGCACUGGUGGAUGAGCAGUUCGCGGCGGCAAAGGCGGUGUUCGCCCUUCCGACUGAGGCGAAGCGAGAUCUAACCUUUGAGCCGACUUUGGACAUUGGGUGGCUCGCAUCACAAGGCCUCGACGAGGACAGUGGCAAGCUAGAUACCAAGGAGGGCUUUCUGCUUUCGACCAAUGGCCUCUUCCGGCGGAAUGUCAGCCUUGAUCUGCAGGAUCCUCUCCGCGGAUCAAGGCUCAAAUGGCCGCCGGUGCCAGGCUACGAGGCGACGAUGCGCCGCUGGACGCGGGAGCUUUAUGCCUUGAACCAGAAGCUCAACGAGGCCCUCUUUGACGCCGUUGGCCUCGACGCCGCCGAGCGUCACCGCCUUGCCUCGCGGCCCUUCGUCAUUGUGAAGCAGCUGCGCUACGCGCCGACGCGCGAUCUUGGCGCCGGUGCCCACGCCGACUGGGGCUCCCUGACCGUGCUGGUCACCGACGAUGUGCCGGGCCUUGAGAUCCUCACCGAGGACGGCUGGCUCCCCGUGCCACCUCGCCCGGACUGCUUCAUUGUCAAUGCUGGCGACCAGGUCGACUUUUGGACCCGCGGCUUCUUCAAGAGCUCCAACCAUCGCGUGCGCCCGACGAGCCACCAGGUCCGCUUCUCCACAGCCCUCUUCGCUUACUUUGACUACGACGUUCUUGUCACCCCAUUGGCCGAGAUCCCGGAGGUGAACCUGUCCAGACCGCUGUCGCCGGGCAUCACCACAGGCGACUACUUCGCCUUCAAACUCUGCGAGUCGGUGGGGAAGGCGCCGGAGGAGUGUCGGCCCAGCGUGCAAGACGCGCCCCAGGGCGGCUCUGCCGAGCUCUGA